GAAAUGUAACAAUGACUGAAUCGACUCUGUUCCAUGAAUGCAUGCGCUUGAGUAAUUUCAGAUCGAUAAUUUUUCAACGACGCGACCUGCACAGUACAUAGUACUCUUGCCUUGCGUAAGUACAGUUCUUCUCAUUUCCCACAUUACAUCUCUCGGGCUGAUUCGGGCAUCUUCUUAAGGUCAUCUCCGAGCUUGACCGUUCAUUCCGAGCACGAAUUUGACGACGCUGAGGACAUGGCAGAUCAUAGUGCUCUCAAGACCCACCAACUAUGAUCGCGAGCGGUUCAAGUCGGUGAUCAAGAGAAAGCGGCUGCAGCCGGCCCGGGUAACCAGUCGAUGCGGUAAAUACGUCAUCAUCUGAUCAGCGAUAAGUCAAAAACGUACCCCAAGGCAACAGGCGUUCCCGAUAUUCUCCUCCCUCCGUCAUGUCCUUCCCCGUAGAUCUCACCAAGUUCAAAAAAUUCAAGCUCGACCCGAGCAAGCCCCAGCUCGCUGCGCAGGAGAAAGCGGAUCUCCUGGCGAACAUCCAGCUUCUGCGUGAUGCGAUUGUGUUCUUCACCGCCAGUGGCGCCGCUCGUGGGGUGAGCGGGCACACGGGCGGGGCUUACGACACCGUGCCCGAGGUGUGCAUCCUGCUCUCGCUGUUCCAUGAGGACGUCGAGAAGUACGUCCCCAUUGUCUUCGAUGAGGCUGGCCACCGUGUCGCGACUCAGUACAUGCUCGCUACGCUCGAAGGCUCCCUGCCGGCAGACCACCUCCUGCACUACCGCGAAGCCAACUCGAAGCUCCCCGGCCACCCGGAACUCGGCCUCACACCGGGAGUCAAGUUCUCCUCUGGUCGGCUCGGUCAUAUGUGGGGCCUUGUCAACGGUGUCGCCCUGGCAAAUCGCGGCAAGACCGUGUUCUGUCUCGGAUCCGAUGGUUCGCAGCAGGAGGGUAACGACGCCGAGGCCGCCCGUUUGGCUGUCGCGCAGGGCUUAAACGUCAAGCUCCUCAUCGAUGACAACGAUGUCACCAUCGCUGGACACCCGUCGGAGUACAUGAAGGGAUACAGCGUCGCUCAGACCCUGCAAGGCCAUGGUCUCAAGGUCCACACCGUCGAUGGCGAGAACAUCGACGAGCUCUGGGCCGCCGUCUGCUCGAUCGUCAGCCACGACGGGCCCGCCGCCAUCAUCUCCAAGCGUCUGAUGGCGCCUGGAAUCGUCGAUAUCCAGGGCUCACCGCACGGCCACGAUGUUGUCCCCGUCAAGUCUGCCGUGAAGCACCUGAUCUCCCGGGGCUACCCCGACUUCUCCGACCUCUAUGCCGGCAUGGCAGCUGCGGGCGAUCCCAUCCUGUACACCGGAUCGACCAAAGAGCGCGGCGCCAACCGUGUCGUGUUCGGCGAGGCCGUGAACCUGGUCCUCGACACCCUCAGCAAGGAGGAGGCGGCCGCCAAGGUCAUGGUCAUCGACAGCGACCUCGAGGGCUCGACUGGGCUCAAGGUCAUCCACCAGAAGCACCCGGAGGUGUUCGUCAUGGGUGGAAUUAUGGAGCGCGGUAACUUCUCGGCUGCCGCUGGUUUCGGAUUCGACAAGGACAAGUUUGGUGUGUUCUCAACGUUCUCGGCGUUCCUGGAGAUGUUGGUGUCGGAGAUCACCAUGGCGCGUCUCAACGAGUGCAAUGUGUUGUGCCACUUCUCCCACUCUGGUGUUGACGAGAUGGCUGACAACACAUGCCACUUCGGUAUCAACUCGUUCUUUGCGGACAACGGCUUGUCGGACACGCACUCUUUCCUGUACUUCCCUGCCGAUCCUCUGCAGAUGGUCGCCGUGGUCAAGCGUGUCUUCUUCGAGCGUGGUCUGCGAUUCGUCUUCUCCACCCGUGCCAAAGUCCCGUACAUCCUGAAGCAGGAUGGGAAGACCAAGUUCUUUGGCGACGACUACGAGUUCGUUCCCGGAAAGGACGAGGAGAUCAUCCCGGGUACCGCGGGAUACGUUGUGACCUUUGGAGAGAUGCUGUACCGCUCUUACGAUGCCGUUCUGCGAGCAAGGCAAGCGGGGAUCGAUGUGGGGUUGAUCAACAAGCCGUCACUGAACAUCAUCGACGAGGCUUCCUUGAGGAAGAUCGGAUCGUCUGGAUUCGUGCUUGUGGUGGAGUCGUUCAACCAGAAGACCGGUCUUGGAUCGAAGAUGGGCACCUGGCUGCUGGAGCGAUCGCUGACGCCCAAAUACGGAUACAUGGGUACCACCCGCGAAGGGUCUGGCGGACUGUGGGAACAAAUCCCACACCAGGGCCUCGAUCCCCAAGGUCAGCCCUCGAUUGCCAAGUCGGGUGUCUCCGGAGUGCUGAAUGUUUUCGUCGUGUCCCUUCCUUCUUCUUCUAGCCAUUCUCCUCAAGAUCAAGCAGCUUUCGCAGUAGAUUGUGCGUGGAGGGAAUUAGUCAAAGUCAAUGCUGUAUACAUAUGUAUUAUCGAGAUUCGUGUCCCUUUUGAGCGGAUUCGGAGGCGCUUCUAUCGAGCGAGUCGAAAGCGCUUCUAUCGAGCGAGAUAAGAGGCCCCCCGUCGGCACUCAGCAUCGAAUGAGGCCACGAGAAGACAGAGAAUCACAUCACAUAUCUCGACGACGCGUGGCAUGGGCCGAAGAAAGAGGGCAUUGGUUCCGCUGCGGCGGUGCUGGCUCGGGCAUGUCACUGACUCGCUCGUUUGCUUGCUUGCGCUGCGCACCCGACGGUAAAGCCGUCCGAAUCGACCCGGCAUCUUCCACCCGCUCAUGUCUGUUCCCAUGGCCAAAUCGCGAAAAACCCAGCCCCUCACACCGACGGCUACGAUAGCUGGUCACCGACCUGCCAUAAGAGGCGUGCUAUUCAUAAAUAUUAAUGAACACCCCCCAAUGAGCACCCCCACCCAAUGGCGCUAGGGUAGUCCGUAGAUUAUCUGAUUCGGAACCUCGCUGGGGGUUGCUGGGUGUACCGAUCCAGUCGGAGGGUUCUGGCUGCAAGCGCAACCUCGAGGGUGGCCCUGAGAAUCAUCAUGCCCGGGAAAGUGCGUUCACGUGA